AUGGACGGGGCGGGCGCGGCGCUGCUGCUGCUGCUGGGGCUCUACGCGCUGGUCUACUACUACUUCGUGGCGGCCACCCGGUGCCGGAACACGGUCAGCCUGCGGGGCAAGACGGUGCUCAUCACAGGUGGAAAUGCAGGGAUCGGGAAGGCCACAGCGGUGGAUCUUGCCCGGAGAGGCGCCCGUGUCAUUCUGGCAUGCCGCGACAAAGCGAGAGGAGAAUCGGCCAUGUACGACAUCAGACGGGAAAGCGGGAACUCGGAGGUGAUCCUGAUGAUCCUGGAUCUGGCCAGCCUGAGCUCCGUGCGAGAUUUUGCGCAGACCUUCUUAGCAUCGGAGCCCCGUCUGGACAUCCUCAUCAACAACGCAGGUGUGGUUAAGGGUGGCCAAACCGCCGAUGGCUUUGACUUGGUCUUCCAGGUCAACCACUUGGGCCACUUCCUGCUGACCCACCUGCUCCUGGACCAGCUGAAGCGCUGCGUCCCGAGCCGGAUCGUAAUCCUGUCCUCGGGUAUGCAUUUCUUUGGGAAGAUUGACUUUCAGACCAUCCACAAGUCAGGAGAGGGAAUGUGGAAACCUAUACAAUCGUACUGCAACAGCAAACUAGCCAACAUUCUGCAUGCCAGAGAGUUGGCCAAGCGGCUGGAAGGAACCAACGUCACCUGCUACGCGGUUCAUCCAGGAUCUGUUGGAACAGAAAUUGGAUACUCCUGUUCGUGGUGGUUAUGUUGGUUGCUUUAUUUAGUCCAGGCAUUCAGACGAAACUGUGACGCGGGCGCCCAGACCUCCAUCUACUGCGCCACCGAGGAGGGCAUCGAGAGCCUGAGCGGGGGGUAUUUCGUGGACUGCCACCUCUUGGAGCCUUGGUCAAAGGCCCGGGAUGACCAGCUGGCCAAGAAGCUCUGGGAAUUCAGUGAGAGGCUGCUGGGGCUGACCACUUAAGGCGGGAAGGGUCAGAGGUGGAGCUUGGGGUAACAGAAAGCCUGCCUCCGAUUAACCUGGGAGAUCAAAUGUCAGGGAAUCUAGAAACUACUCAGGGGUUGCGGUGUGACCGUGACGAGCGUUGAAUUUCCAAGAAGUUUAAAAACUGGGAAGCAUUGUGGGGUUUGUGGUGCUGAGUUGCCCAGCGUUGGGCCUAAGAAUCUUUUAAAUAAAGAAACAAACUCCA